CUCAUUCAUCACACCAACCUCACUCACUCAAGUCCAAGUGUCCAACUCCAACCCAUCAAAUUUACCCUAGGCAUCUUCUUGUGCAUCACCUUCAUAAAUAAAACUAAAAAGGGUUUUUUUAAUUUUGAGGUUUUAGACUUUUUAGCUUCUCUUUCUUCCUAGCAUUUCAAGCACCCCAUUUUGUGCUUUUGAUCCUGCUGCUCUCUCACUCAUCUCAGCAUCCAGAUCCAGAUCAAUGGCAACCACCGCUCUCCUUCGUUUUUCUCCUCUCUCUGGUCACUCUCAUGCACUCUCUUUCCCAUCAUCAUUACCAUCACCCCAGACUCAGAAUCGUUCUAUAUACCUCACCAACCCACCUCGUUUGCCUGAAAGAUUGCAACUUUCCUUCGCCGGAGGUGACGGCGGUGAUGGGGUUGGGCGUGGUGGAGGUGGUGGCGGUGGUGGUGGUGGUGAUGAAAGUAAGAGUGAUGGUGGAAGUGGAAAUUCCAAUGAUUCAUCUUUUGGGAUUUUGGGUCUCUUUCUGAAUGGAUGGAGAUCAAGGGUUGCUGCUGAUCCACAAUUUCCAUUCAAGGUUUUGAUGGAGGAGUUGGUAGGUGUGACUGCUUGUGUUCUUGGUGACAUGGCUUCAAGGCCUAAUUUUGGGUUGAAUGAGCUUGACUUUGUUUUUUCAACUCUUGUUGUUGGUGCUAUUCUCAAUUUCACACUCAUGUAUCUUUUAGCACCUAGUCUAGGAUCAGCUUCAGCUAAAGUUCCUUCAAUUUUUGCCUCUUGUCCCAAGAGUCACAUGUUUGAGCCUGGUGCUUACAGCCUUCUAGAUAGGUUUGGGACUUUGGUGUACAAAGGAACCAUUUUUGCUGUUGUUGGAUUUGGUGCUGGACUAGUUGGAACCACACUUUCAAAUGGGUUGAUCAAGUUGAGGAAGAAGAUGGAUCCCACUUUUGAGAGCCCCAACAAGCCUCCACCUACUUUGUUGAAUUCUCUCACUUGGGCUGGUCACAUGGGUCUUAGCAGCAAUCUCAGGUAUCAAACUCUGAAUGGUGCAGAGUUCAUGUUGGAGAGAGUGCUGAACCCCUUUGCAUUCAAGUCCUCUGUGUUGGUGUUAAGGUGUUUGAACAAUGUUCUUGGUGGUGUGUCUUUUGUGGUGUUGGCAAGGCUAACAGGAGCACAGAGUGUUGGGGAAGAGAAGCCAACACCAGCAUAUGUGAAGGUUGGGUUAACUGACAAGGAGAAGGUGGAGGUUGAAAGGGAAAGGGAAGAGGGUUUGCAGGAGAAUCAGACAACAACACCAUCAAAGUGAUGUAUCAUCAACACUCAACUUGGUUUUGUUGUUUGUCUUUUAGUUUGAUUGACCAAGGUUGUUGGAGAGGUUAGUUUUUUGGUUUUUCUAAAAUUUCAUGAAUCUGGCAGCACCAAAUAAGUAAGAAGGGUUAGAUUGAGAUGUGGGAGAUUGGGAACAAAUUUCUGGCAUUUGCUGCUUGUAUGUUGGUGAAAACCUGCAGCCUGAACAAUAAGGUGCCAAAUUGAUGUUGUGGCCAUGUAUUGGACCCCUCACUCCCCACCAGAGAAAAACAUAGAAAUUAUUAUUUGCCCUGUUGAUGUUUUUGUUUCUGCCACUUAGUAGGCUUUUGUUGUCUUUUCCUAGAAGCUAUUAUCAUUGUAAAAGUAUCUAAAAUCUAGUUUGGAGAAUUGGCUAAAAUAAAAUUAGGUGGAUGAUGAUGAUAUCA